AUGAUACCUAGCUUGCUGGUAGACACCAGAGAGCCCCCAGCAAUUCUGUGCCGCUUUGGGCACCACGGGACUGGAGGAACCCCAGGCACAGUGGUGCAGUUCCCAGUCAGACCUGCUGGAGGUGGAUCCACCUCCAUUGGCUCUUCGUCCUGUGGAGGUCGAUCCACCUCCGUGGACCCUACACCAUUCAGUGGUGGGUUGACCUCCACAGGUUUGGCAGAAUCGCUGAGACGGAUGCUGAAACUCGAACUUGUGGACAAGUGCAUAGGUUCACGCAUUCAUAUCGUGAUGAAGAGUGAUAAAGAAAUUGUUGGGACGCUCCUGGGGUUUGAUGACUUUGUCAAUAUGGUGUUAGAAGAUGUUACAGAAUUUGAGAUUACACCUGAGGGCAGAAGAAUCACAAAGCUAGACCAGAUUUUGCUAAAUGGAAAUAACAUAACAAUGCUGGUUCCUGGAGGUGAAGGACCUGAAGUGUAA